AUGUCCUUUGCUGCAGACGUAAAAUAUUCAUUAAAAAAUUUGGCAGACCCCACAUCAAAGACACGUCACGUCAUCUGUCUGACCUUCCUCUUCCUCAUAACCUUCCUCUUCCUCAUCAUCAGCACCUUCCUCAUCCUCAUCAACUUUAUCUUCCUCAUACCCUUCCUCUUCCUCAGCACCUUCGUCAUCCUCAGCACCUUCCCAGAACCCGUGUUGUUGAUAAUGUGGCACCAUCUCUUGCGGCGGAUGCUGACGUACAGGCCCAGCCCCGUGCACGUCCCGGCCCGGGCUAGGCCCAGCUCCGUGCACGUCCUGGCCCGGGCUAGGCCCAGCUCCGUGUGCGCUUUGGCCACUCUUCACUGCGGGAAAGGACCCAGUCCGGAGGACCCAGCCCGGGGGACUGAGCCCCCUCUGGACACAGCUGCAGAUGUGUUGGUGUCUCUCACCUGCUGCUGCCGCUGCUGCUGCCGCCACACAAUCUCUGGAUCCUUCUGCUCAGAGCACACCUCUGCGCUGCCGUGA